AUGGGAAAUACAGUUUAACAUAAAAGGAGAAAUCCAGCUAAUUGUCUGGGAUGCAUGGCUUAGGAUCACGAGACCUUUGAUCCGAACGAAUUGCAAAUAGGACUUGAAGUAGACAAAGCUAGAGGUAAGUAAUUUAAUAUUUUUAAAGGUCGAAUCACAUAAUAGUCAACUGCCUAUUUAACAGAAAAUGAGAAGAACUUUUUCAAGGCAGCAUCAGGACGUAAUUUAGGAUUAAUUCGAUUCUACUUAAAUAAUGGGAUUAACAUCAACAUUUUGGAUGAAGAUAGAACUUCUCCCUUGUAAAAAUUGAGUUUAUAAGUUUUUACUUAGACAUAUAGCAUCCAGAUAUGGUUCAAUUCAAGUAGUCUAAGAACUUAUUAAUAAUAAUGCUAAUAUAGAUAUAACAGAUAUGGCAGGAUGGACUCGUAUAGAUUAUUGUCUAAAUUUAAGCAUUACAUGUAGCAGCUUUUUACUAAAGAGCUUAGGUUUGUUCAGUCUUACUAAAAGCAGGUGCAGAUCCAAAGAUAAGAAAUCGAGAAGGCAAUCUGGCAUAAGAUUUAGUAAGGGACAAAAUGACCUCUGAAAUAUUUAAAUCGUCUAUAGAGAUAUAGAACUCUUGUGUUGAGAGACAAGUUAAGAGAAUUGAUCCUGCAUAAAGAUAGCAUGAGGAAUAUUUUCAGUUUCUCAAAUAAUAAAGACUGUAAACUAAUUUUUUAUAUUAGAAAAAGUUAGGAAUGCAACAGUCUAUGUGAGAAAGUAUCAUAAGGAAAACUCAUAAGUCCAAAUUUAUCUCCGACUAAAUUGAUUUCAAAAGAAAAAGAAAAUUAAGGAUUUUAAGAUUCUAUAAGCAAAUCCAUAAUUUCUGAGUAAGAACACAAAGACAUUUAGGAUUGUUAUAAGGAUCUGUCUUCUAAAAUAAAUCGUAAUUUAGUCUCCCACUAAAAUUCAAUUCCUAGAUCCUUUGAUGAAAUGGUAUAAAAUUUAUUAUAUGAUUACAGUAUUCAUUAAAUCAGUUAGUGUUAAUGUAAAAUUCAUCCAGAGAACUUGUCACCUUUCUCGAUUAAGUUAAACUAAUUAAGCAUGAUUACAAUUCUGAAAACUUAUCACUAGAUUUAUUCAAUCACAAUUCCAUAAUUGGUAUUUCAUUUAUGAUUGCUACUUAAAUUAUUAAACCUACUCCCUAAUCCAUCAUUAACUGGUUAUUCUAAGAUAUUGAAUUAAAAAACAAAGUGCAAAUAUCAAAGUACUAUCGAAUUAUAUUUACAAUAGAUUAUUGUGCAACAUCAAUUUGCAAGAAUAAUAACAAAUUCUAAAAUUAUUUGUUGAUAAAGUCGUGAUGACUGACAAUCUAAUUGAUUCUUUAUAAGGGUUAUUCAAUAAAUUGUUAGUUCAGAAUGAUCCAUUUAUAUUAGACAUUCUGGUUAAAGAAUUUAGUCGACGAUUUUAUGAAUUUAAUUGUCACAAUUCGAAAUCUCAAACUUUUCCAUUCAAAUCGGAAGAAUCAUUACAUAUGUUUACUUUUGCCCUUGUUAUUUUGGAUGUUGAAAAUGAUAAAUAUGAUAAAGAAAAUGCUUUCAAAUGUUUCUUCCAAAAUAUCCAAACUAUUAACAAUGGAGAUAACUUGAGUUCAAAAUUUAUUUAAUCAAUCGUUGAAUAAUUAUAAUCUUAGUAAAUUGUAAGAUUAUGUGAAUAACAAAUUGAUAAUUCAUUGUAUCAUGUUUUCAAUCAUUAUUGUACUCCAAUGCUCCUAAAAGAAUAAAAAGAGGUAUUUUAUAAGCUUAUUAUAGAUCCGAUCCGAGAAAUGGAAAUUAUAUGUAAUUAGUGAUGUUUGCAUAUUGAUUGCAGAUGGAAAGAUGAAAAUUCUGUCGAGUUCAAAGUGUGACAUCAUUAUGAAUAAAUAAGAAGUCACAAUUUAAGGGAAGUAGAAUUCUUAAUUAAUCUAUUUUGUUUGCAAAGAUGAUCAAACCUUCAUUUUAAAAAUAAAGAAUAAAAAAUUCAGAUUUGUUAAUCUUUAAUGA